UCAUUUGCAAACAUGUUGCCAACCGCUCUACUAUUUAUCCUUGUUGCUCAGGCGUACGCAGCACGAAUUCUAGUGGUCGUACCAACACCGUCUUUAAGCCAUCAAGUAGUGUUUAGACCACUCACACAAGAACUGGCAAAACGCGGUCACGAAGUCGUCAUAAUAACACCAGAUCCAGUAUUCACGAAUAACAAUGCACCAGCAAAUCUUACAGAAAUUGACGUUCGGGAGGUAUCCUAUGAAGCGUGGAAAAAGCACUUCCUAACCAACACUGCGAUUGGAAAGAAGAAUGACUUGAUUCACACUGUUGAACUGUUUAUCCAGCAAUUCGCGAAAAUAUUAGAAACGCAGUUGCAAACUGAAGAUGUUAAGAGAAUAAUUCGUGGUGAGCGUGGGAACUUCGAUCUAUUAAUCUUGGAAGCAGCAGUACGACCCGCUUUAGUGUUUUCGCAUAUAUUCAAAGUGCCUGUGAUUCAAAUGAGUUCGUUUGGUGCUAUGUUGAACAGCAACAGUAUUGUAGGUGCGCCUUCACAUCCGUUUUUGUACCCGUGGAUUUUGAACCAGAGACUGUACAAUUUGACACUAUGGGAUAAGGUACAGGAACUAACGAACCGUCUGACGAUAGAACAUAUUUACGCUUCAUACGAACCGCUAGAGGAAGAGAUGUUAAGAAGAGUCGUUGAUCCAAAUGUGCCAUCGUUACACGAAUUGAGUAAUAAUGUGCAUCUAAUGUUUUAUAAUAGUCAUCCGAUUUGGUCGGAUCAGCAGCCAGUGCCACCUAAUGUAGUGUACGUUGGAGGAAUUCAUAAGAAUCCCAGGAAGGAAUUGCCUCAGGAUUUAAAAUCGUAUCUCGAUUCAUCGAAAAAUGGUGUCAUCUACAUGAGCUUCGGGAACAACCUAAAACCUUCCUUGUUACCAUUGGAAAAGGUCCAAAUGUUGACGAGGAUAUUUUCUGAACUGCCGCAAAAUGUACUGUGGAGAUGGGACGUGGAUAUAGCCAAUAAGUCAGCUAAUGUGAAGACAAUGCAAUGGGUUCCACAAUCUGACUUGCUGAGACAUCCAAACGUCAAGUUAUUCAUCAUGCAAGGAGGUCUACAAUCCACUGAAGAAGCCAUAGAUGCUGGAGUACCUCUAAUAGGUAUACCUAUGCUAGCUGACCAAUGGUAUAAUGUAGAGAAAUAUACAUACUUUGGUAUAGGUAAAAGACUGGAUAUGGAGAGGUCUACUGAAGAGGAAUUUAGAGCAGCUAUCAAAACUGUUCUUGAGGAUAAAAGUUACCGGGAAAAUGUGCUAAAGCUCCGAAACCUCCUAAACGAUCAGCCUCAAAGCGCUCUAGAUCGCGCGGUGUGGUGGACGGAGUACGUGCUGCGGCACGGAGGGGCGAAGCACCUGCGGGCCGCCGCCGCCAACGUGCCCUGGACUCAGUACUAUGAAAUAGAUUUAGUAUUGAUGUUCCUUGCUGUAAUAUUUAUUUUUAUAGGUGUGUUAGGUGCAGUUAUAUACUAUGUAUGGAGGAUGUUAAACCGUAUUAGUGUUAAGGUAAAAAAGGCUUAAGUAUAAGUUGUUUUUUGUAUUUGUAUUUGAUUUGUACUCAAAAUAUGUAUACGCGGUUUUGUAAAUAAUAUAUUAUGUACUUUAAAGUCCUAGCUGUUACAGCAGCUUUAUAAU